AAAAUGCCACCACCGGUUCUCUCCACCCUCCCUAAAGGCCGACCUCUAGUCCUCGCCCUAAUCGGCGCCACAAGCGGUAUAGGCUCCUAUACCGCGCGCGCUCUCUGCCGCACCUUCGCCUCGAACCCCAAGAAACUGCGCGUCUAUCUUGUCGGGCGCAACGCGUCUCGCGCGGCCUCGAUCCUCGAGUACGCGAAGGAAGUUUGCCCCGGGUCCGAAUGGGUGUUUCUAGAAGUGGAGGAUCUAGCGCUGAUGAGCGAGGUGGAUGACGUUGCGAGGCGGAUCGAGGAGGCGGAGGAGAAAAAGGCGUUUUGGAGCGGGGAGGAUGAGGAAGGGAUGAAGACGAGGAAGAGGUUGGAUGGGAUGUGGCUGUGUCAGGCGUUGUCUCCGAUGCAGGAGAGUCGAGUCACAAAAGAAGGCCUAGACACUCAACUCUCCCUCCUCUACUACUCCCGCAUCCACCUAAUCCAAAAGCUAAUCCCGCUCCUGAUUUCCUCUCCCCACCCUUCCCACGUGAUAUCCAUCUUCGCCGGCGGAUACCAAGACAGAAUCUCCACCACAGGUCCGCCACCCAUCGGAACACCGUCUCCAAAAGCCUACGGCAUGACAUCCGUCCGCACGAACGUGGUCUUUAUGAAAACCUUCCUCUUCGAAGAACUGGCCUCCAAAUACGCCGGGAAGAUCAGUUUCACGCAUAUCUAUCCGGGAUUAGUGGAUGGGCCUACGUUCUAUAGCGUUGUUAAUCCAUGGUGGGCGAGGAUGCUGUGGAGAGUUAUCAUGAAGCCGUUGCUAAGCUGGUAUAUGACGUCGGCUGAGGUGUGUGGGGAUGUUAUGGUAGGGUUGUUGGAUAGUGUGCGUUAUCCGCCUCAAGGAGGCAGUGGAGGAAAGGGGGAGAUGAGUACGCGGGCAGAGCCUGGGGAUGGAGCGUAUGGGGUUGGGCAGAGGGGGGAUGCUAGCGGAAAGGUGAUGUAUGAGGGGAUUCGGAAGGAGGAUACCGGGAAGCGGGUUUGGGAGCAUACUAUGGGUGUUUUUGAGGAGAUUGAUAAAUAG